AUGCGACUCCCAAUCAAUCUUCUCUCCCUGACCCUCUCUAUUCUCCCCUCAGCUUUCGCCAUUUACUCCGACGAAGCCUACAGCGUUGAUUACCACCACGAACUACUCGGCCUCCCACUACCGCACACAACGUUCUUCCAUCGGCCGCGGAAAGAUGAAAAGGCAACACUAUUGUAUACAUUGAGCGACCUAGGCGUCCUUGGCGCAGUAAAUCCUGGUCUUGGAACAGUAGUUUGGCGGCAACUUUUAGCUGGAGUUGUGGGCAAUGAGACGGGGUUUCUAAGGCCGGUGCAAGGAGAGAAUACGGUUGUGUCUGCGAUUGGGAGCAGAGUUGAUGCUUGGGAUGCUAUGGGCGGAAAAGAGAAAUGGGGCAAUAUAUUUGAGGGGAAUGUGAAGGAUCUAGAGGUCAUGGAAACGGCUGCUGGAGCCGAAGAGACCAAGGAUGUCUUGGCCUUAUUCGAACACGAAGGCAAGAGCAUACUGAGACGACUGAAGGGCGAAAGCGGAAAUGUGGCAUGGGAGUUUGAAGAUGGGACUGGCGAUGUGCCAUUGCAGGUCAGCACGAAUGUCAGGAGUAUCUUCAUAGUGUCUCUGCACGGAGCUUGGGGAGGGUAUAAUUUGAAGAUUACAGCCCUGGAUCCGGUCACUGGAAAGCGAACGAACGAAUACAUCCUGUCAACGAAAGCCGAUGUACAUUCGGCUGAAGACGUUCUACUCGUGGGGGCGAAUUCGGCGGCUCCUAUCAUUGCUUGGACGGACAAGGCGUUGAAGAACCUGAAGGUCAAUUUACUGGGCAAAGCUGGAGAUUUGCAAAGUCUGCCCUUGAAGGAGUCAGACGGGCCAAUCGUUAACGUAGCGUUGCAUGCGCCGAAUCUUGUUCAGUCACAACCACAUUUUUUGGUUCACACCCAUUCGAGCGUUUCCAACCGCGCGGACGUCUAUCAUAUCGAUCUUGCAAGUAGCAGCAUCAAGAAGGCCUAUGAACUACCAAAGCUACCAGGACAAGGAGCAAUUUCCACCAGCUCCCAGGAAGCGAAUGUCUACUUUACCCGGCACACAGCGGAUGAGGUAGUUAUUGUCUCAUCUGCUUCUCAUGCUAUACUUGGUAGAUUCCCCCUGGAGUUCGAAAGUGACCACGGCUCGCUCCUUGACGGUGUCUCGGAAGUUGUUCAACGGGACGCGAAUACAUAUGCGGUGAGGUCUGCCUUGGUUACCUCAGGCCAGGACUGGGUAUUAGUUCGCAAUGGAAAAGCGGGUUGGAUUCGGCCUGAAGGACUUUCUGGAGCAGUCGCUGCCGAGUGGGCUGAAAUUCCUGAGUCGGAAACAUUGGCCCAAACAUUGGAGGCUGAAGCGCAUAGCAACCCGUUAUCCGCAUAUAUCCAUCGGGUAAACCGACACGUCAGUGAUUUGCAGUAUUUGCCAGGGUACUUACAGGAUCUCCCUAGACGAUUCUUGAGCAGCAUCCUCCCUGGGGAUAUUGUUUCCCCAAAACCUGGAGUCCUAGUACGUGAUACAUUCGGCUUCAACAAGCUGGUAAUUGUUGCUACCCAACGCGGACGCGUCUAUGGUAUCGAUGCUGGAAAUCAAGGGUCUAUUGUCUGGUCCGCGAGCGCUUUUGAGCAACCUGCGGGCAAGACAUGGGAUGUGAAAGGAAUCUGGGUCGAGCAUUCUAAGGGUACUACGACCAUACGAGGUGCUGAUGGUGAAUAUGUCAUGUUCAAUACUACGAGUGGCAAUAAAAUCGAAGCCAUGAACCCCGGAUCGUGGCCCGCGACAACAAGUACGGCGGUGGUUGAUAGUCCUUCUGGAAAAUGGUUACUACCGAUUGGCGUUGACGGAAACCCAGGUGAAGUUCCUACUACAUGGGCACCUAAAGAGAACCUAGUUGUCAAGGGAAGCAAUGGCGAGAUCAAAGGGUUGAAAUUCGAAGCCGGAAAAGAAAAUGCGCAACCCGUUGUCACUUGGACUUUUAAGCCUGCUCUUGGUCAGAGAAUUAUCAACGUCGUCUCAAGACCGGCCCAUGAUCCUGUGGCCUCUAUCGGACGAGUUCUUGGCGAUCGUACUGUUCUCUACAAGUAUCUAAACCCUAACAUCGUGCUAGUAACAUCAGUAUCAGACGAGCAUUCCACUGCCUCGCUAUACGUGAUUGAUACCGUCUCUGGCGACAUUCUCUACUCAAUCAGCCACGACGGCGUCGACACAACCCAACCAAUCGCUUCAGUGCUCACAGAGAACUGGUUUGCGUAUUCCCUAUGGGCUGAUGUACUUCCAACCACAGAAACUUUGCCAGCGUCAAAGGGAUAUCAAAUCUUUGUGUCAGAGAUGUAUGAGUCUGAUGUCGCUAACGAUCGUGGACCUCUUGGCUCGGCAGCCAAUUCAUCCAGCCUCGAGCCAUCAGAUAUCCCCAACGCAGGACCAGCCUUACCUUUUGUUGCCACACAGUCUUUUCUCAUCCCCGAAGCAAUCAGCCACAUGUCAGUCACUGAGACUCGCCAGGGUAUAACUACUCGCCAGCUCAUUUGCACUAUUGCCUCUAACAACGCUAUCAUCGGCAUCCCACGUACCCUACUCGAUCCACGUAGGCCAGUUGGCCGAGACCCUACCGCCGCUGAGAUGGAAGAAGGUGUCUUCCGCUACCAGCCUUAUAUCGAGUUUGAUCCCAAACUCGUGCUCACACACAAGCGCGAGGUGAUUGGCGUGAAAGAUGUUAUUACCAACCCGGCAGUCUUAGAGAGUACGAGUCUGUUGUUCGCGUAUGGGAUAGAUAUCUUCGGGACAAGAGUUGCCCCGAGUGCUGCAUUUGAUAUUCUUGGAAAGGGUUUCAAUAAGCUGAGUUUGGUUGGAACAGUGCUUGCACUGUGGGCUGGUGUUGUGGUUUUGGCGCCUAUGGUGAAAAGGAAGCAAAUCAACGGGCGGUGGACGACUUCAUAG